AUGACGGGGCUAGUGCUGCUCUACUCCGGGGUCUUCGUGGCCUUCAGGCCCUGCCUGCUCGUCAUGGGAAUCUGCUACACCAUUUUUGACUUGGGCUCCCGCUUUGAUGUGGCAAGGUUCCUGACGGAGACUUCCCCCGUCAUGUGGUCAAACCUGGGCAUUGGCCUAGCUAUCUCCCUGUCUGUGGCUGGGACAGCAUGGGGCAUCUACAUCACUGGGGAAGGGGUGAAGGCCCCUAGGAUUAAGACCAAGAACCUGAUCAGCAUCGUCUUCUGUGAGGCUGUGGCCGUCUACGGCAUCAUCAUGGCGAUUGUCAUUAGCAACAUGGCUGAGCCUUGCAGUGCUACUGACCCCAAGGCCAUUGGCCAUCAAAACUACCAUGCAGGCUACUCCAUGUUUGGGACUGGCCUCACACUGGGCCUGUCUGACCUCUUCUGUGGAGUCUGUGUGGGCAUCGUGGGCAGUGGAGCCACCUUGGCUGAUGUGCAGAACCCCAGCCUCUUUGUAAAGAUUCUCAUCGUGGAGAUCUUUGGCAGCGCCAUCGGCCUCUUUGGGGUCAUCGUUGCAAUCCUUCUCAUCGUGGAGAUCUUUGGCAGCGCCAUCGGCCUCUUUGGGGUCAUCGUUGCAAUCCUUCAGACCUCCAGAGUGAAGAUGGGUGAUUAGAUGAUCUGUGUGGGUG